CUGUGAAUUAAAGAAUAACGCCCGAGGAUAGGAAUUAUUCUGUGAAUCACCCCAGCCUCAUCAUGAUGUUACGUCUUGUGAUUCUGUCUGUGCUCCUGAAUUCAGCUGCUUCAGGAACCCUCAAAGAAAGAAACAAGGAUUCAUGUGUUGAUCGUUGUGGGGAUCAUGUGAACCACAAUUAUAACUGUCAAUGUAAUAGUGCAUGUGUGAGGCAUGGGGACUGUUGCUCCGACUACAACUCGUGUGAUGGAAGUGAAGCCGGUUUUACAGAUGAGGAAAUACUCAUCGUUUCUGAGCAGCUUUAUUCUCUAGACACCAACAAAGCAACGGAGAAUGAAAUACAUCUUAAUCUUCAAGGCUUUGUUUCUAACUCGCAAACUGGGGCUAAGAUUGAUUAUGCCCAACAGCGGCUUUUUGCUUAUGUGAAUGAAGAGGUUCUGUUCUCAAGGCCAACUUUUGCUAAGUUCAUCGCACUCUUAAACAACUACAACCGAAUGACUGGCAUCGCAGAGGAGUUCACAGUGGAACAGCUUGCAGAACAAGACAUGUUCAUCACAGAGAUUAUGAAGAGCUCCAUCAUGGACAAGCUGUACCAGAUCUUCCGGUCAAAGAAGAUGUACAAUUCCAUCACAGAAUUUGAGGAGGACCUGAAGAAGAUGUGGUUUGGUCUCUACUCUAGAGCCAACAACGUUCUUGAUUCCAGUGGCUUUGAACAUGUGUUUUCAGGUGAAGUGAAGAGAGGAAAGGUGUCUGGGUUCCACAGUUGGAUCCGCUUCUACCUUGCUGAACAGAGUGGUGAACUGAACUAUUACAGUUACAACUAUGACGGGCCAACUGUGUAUUGCCUAAAGGAUGAUAUCAGGGCUGCAGGGCUUAGCAAAUAUUUUGUCUUCUGCAGGUGUACAGUGAAGCUUGGCAAGAACACCAUGAAAAUUCAGACAUACACCUGGACCAAGUCCACAUAUGGAAACGGGAAGAAAUACGUAGCAUCAGCUUUCCCUCUGACUCCGUAACAGGAGCAGAAUUCUUUCGUCAUUGCAACCUGAUAGAAAAUAAAGAAGAUUGCUCUGCAA